AGACCUCAGCUUUCAGUUGUUGGACAUCAGUUCAGUCUAGCCAACACCGGAGGUUGGAGUCGAAUCGGAGUUUGAGGUUGGCGCUGUUCGUUGUAGUCGUCGGGUCGGGUCAGGUCAGGUCAAGUCUGAGGUGUGUAUCACCAAAACUGAACCACAGAAGUUUGCAGUAUCGUUCCACAAAAAAAAGGAGGAAAAUUAAUUUUUGACCAUCUGCCAGUGUCACAUCGAAGUGCUUCGUCGCGCCUUUCAUCAUCUGCUCUCCGUUUCGUCUGCUAGAUUCUCAUUCCCUUAAUUCUUUUUUUUUUUUUAAUAUAAAUAUUGAUCACACAAUAUUUCAGUCCUCAUUCAUUAAUUUUGACAUUUCGGAGCAUAAAGUGUGGUGGUGAACGAGGCAAAAUAAGAAGUUAUUAUUUUUGUUUUUUAAAUAAUCGACUAAACAGUUCAAACGUCAUGUGUGAAGUGACUAUAUGACAGGCUCGUUGAGUCAUGAGCUAAAGAAAUUCGUGAAAAAAUCUGUGCGCAUGUGUCCAGUGGGAUAUACCAGUAAUAAAUCUCCACACUCAGAUCUGGAUACUCUGUCGACGCCUUCUAUCGGAUUGUCUCAUGACAGGAUGGCGCUGGCGCGACUUGCGGUGAGCGAAUGUGCGCCUCAAACGUCGCGGGUCAGCUCCAAUUUGCACAGCAGCAGUAGCAUGGCUGUAAGCCGCGUUCCAAGCCCUCCACCACCGGAAGUAAAUACUCCUGUCGCUGAAAAUUGGUGUUACACACAGGUCUUGUAUGCACAGGUAAAGGUGGUUAAGUUCAGCUACAUGUGGACGAUAAACAACUUCAGCUUUUGUCGGGAAGAGAUGGGAGAGGUCCUCAAGUCAUCUACGUUCUCAGCUGGAGCCAACGAUAAACUGAAAUGGUGCCUACGAGUAAAUCCUAAAGGCCUGGAUGAGGAAAGUAAAGACUACUUAUCCCUGUACCUCCUUCUCGUUUCUUGCAACAAGUCUGAAGUUAGAGCAAAGUUCAAAUUUUCUAUUCUUAAUGCCAAAAGAGAAGAGACCAAAGCCAUGGAGAGUCAACGGGCGUACAGGUUCGUACAAGGAAAGGAUUGGGGUUUCAAAAAAUUCAUCAGAAGAGACUUCCUUUUAGAUGAAGCUAAUGGUCUUUUACCAGACGACAAACUCACGAUAUUUUGUGAGGUCAGCGUGGUGGCGGAUAGUGUCAAUAUUUCGGGACAAAGUAAUACGAUACAAUUUAAAGUACCUGAGUGUCGACUACCCGACGAUCUAGGAUCGCUUUUCGAAAACCAAAAAUUUAGCGACGUCACGCUUACCGUUUGUGGGAGAGAGUUCCAAGCACACAAAGCAAUUCUCGCUGCACGAAGUCCUGUGUUCUCGGCGAUGUUUGAACACGAGAUGGAGGAGAGAAAGCAAAAUCGAGUCGACAUUACGGACGUAGAUCACGAGGUAUUAAGGGAAAUGUUGCGAUUUAUUUACACUGGAAAAGCAACAAAUUUGGAGAAGAUGGCAGACGAUUUAUUAGCAGCCGCAGAUAAAUAUGCGCUUGAGAGGUUGAAAGUAAUGUGCGAAGAGGCUCUCUGCACAAGCUUAGCCAUUGAGAAUGCGGCAGACAUUCUUAUUCUAGCUGAUCUUCAUAGCGCCGAUCAAUUAAAAGCGCAAGCCAUAGACUUCAUUAAUACACAUGCAACGGAUGUGAUGGAAACCGCGGGGUUUAAGUCAAUGAUAAGUUCUCAUCCCCAUUUGAUAGCGGAGGCAUUUCGUGCACUUGCCACCCAACAAAUACCACCAAUUGGCCCGCCGCGGAAACGAGUUAAACAAAGCUGAAAGCAGUCACCUUUAACUCCGGGUACGACUACCACAUCACCCCCUCCCCUCUUACAUCCUUGACUUUUUAUGUACAGUGAUAUUUCGUAGUGCUAAAUAAAUGUUUCCUAGUGCGCCAUUCUAUUGGUCCACUUAAAACGAAAAGAAAAAAGGAAAAAACAGAAGAAAGAAGAGAGAAACAAUAAAGAAGGAAUGAAACUGACGCGCCCAAAUGAAGAUCCAAAAAAAAAAAAUUGUCACGCACCCCAGGACUCUUAUGUGUGUGAAUUUUUUUUUUUCUUCUUGUGAGUGUUGUUAGUGGCGAAUUUAAUAAGGAACAGUUUCGAUGAAGAAGAAGAAAACUUCGGUUUUGUAAUCAAUUUUUUUCUCUUCGUGUGGCGCGUGAUCAAUCCUCGUUUAAAGGACAACGUAGACGUGUCACAAAUCGAUGUCCAAGACUCGAAAUGGACCCUCAUUGCUCUUUGACUCUCGUAGGCGUUAAAUUGCGAAUGGACCAAAAACCACCAGAGGACCAAGACGAUCAAAGAAGCUCGCUUAAAAAAAAAAAUAAUAAUGUUGCCACGAGACGACAAACAAAAUAAUUAAAAAAAGAAAAAAAAAUAAGAAAAAAAAAGUUGUGAUAGGCGUCGGCCAGACGAAUUGUAACCAAUUUUGUUCCUUUUUCAAAUGGAUCAAAAAAAAAGAAAAAAAAAAAAGAAA